AUGCAGCAGCACGGCCUGUCUUCUCACCCAGGACAUCCCGGCGGCCAACCUUCCCAGCAGCAGCCACAUGGCAUGCCACAACACAUCCAGACCCAGCACCCUUCACAACACCAGCAACAACAGCCGGGUCUCCUGCCUGCCCUCUCGCCCGACCUGCCGACCCCGCGCUCAGUAGUCCAGUCCCUCCCACAGCAACAGCAACAACAACAACAGCUCCUCCUCACUCCCCGACAAGGCAUGAUGCAGCAGCCUCCACAAGGCGCUCCUGGCGGCGCGGUGCGCCCGCCCAGCCAGAGCCAGACGCACUCGCGCACGCACACCCCGCAGCACAGCCAGCACAACGUCUUCCAGACAGUCAUGGGCGCGCGUCCGGGCCAAGUCCCGCAAGACGACGUUGGCGGCGCCGGAAACGUCAAAGUGUACGCGAGCGCGUACUCGCAGAUCCCCGUGUUUGAGGCCAUGAUCCGCAACAUCUCCGUCAUGCGCCGGAUGGCAGACUCGUGGGUCAACGCGACGCAGAUUCUUAAAGUGGCCGGUAUCUCGAAGAGCGUGCGCACCAAGAUUCUCGAGAAGAAAGUCCAGACGCAGACGCACGAGAAGGUUCAAGGAGGAUAUGGAAAGUACCAGGGAACGUGGAUUCCUGUCGACCGCGGUCGCAUUCUCGCCGAGCAGUACGGCGUGCUCCACCUCCUCGCUCCCAUCUUUGACUUUGUGCCCCCUCCUUCUGGGCCGCCCGCGCUGCCCAUGCGUGGUGGCAGCGCUACGCCAAACGCAAAGACCCCAGGCGGCAACACGGGUGUGGUGAUUCCCGGGUCUGGAAGUGCAGGUCGGCAGCUUAUCUCGCCGUACAACGUCCCGCCGCCGCCUCCGCCACAGUUCUUGCAACAGCCUCUCCAGGGCGAUCCGAUGAUGCACCAGCAACAGCAGCAGCAGCAGAUGCUCUACCCGCCUCAGCACAUGCAGGGACCGCCAGUCUACUACCAGCCCCACCAGACGAUGCACCAGCAGCAACAGGCCCAGCAGCAGCAGCAAAUCCACCAGCACCAUGCCCAGCAGCAGCAGCAACACCACCAUCAGCCUCCCCCACAGCAGCAGCACCACCACAUGGGAUUCCCGGAUCAGCAGCAGCAACAGAGGCUCGAGCCCGCUGCGCAGAUUGACAUGCCUUCGGGCCUCGGUCCUCCUGCCGCGAUCAACGGCCACGGCAGCCAUCACAUACAUGGUCUGCCCCCACCUCCGAACGACGUCUACGUCGACUCGUACGGCCAGCCGCACCGGAUCACUGGCGGCUCGACGGUCCCUGCGCCAUUUAGCAAUGAUGACAUUCAGCCACCAGCGAAGCGCCAGCGUACCACCGCCGACGGCGGCGAAAUGCCUCAGGCCGAGACGCAGGCAAGUACCGGCGAGGAUGACGAUGACGACGACCUCGCGCGCGACCGUCCACCAGUUCCCGGCGGCUUCCGUCUCUCGACCAAGCCCUUCAAGCCGCGGUUAUCCUCGUCGUCUCACCGUCGCAGGCAGCAGCUCUUGUCACUGUUUCAGACGGACAAUGUCGAUGUCCGGACAGCGUUUGAGCUCGGUCCAGAAGAGCGGCCAGACUGGGACGUCGACAUGGUUAUUGACGAGCAGGGCCACACGGCUCUCCACUGGGCAUGUGCGCUGGCCAAGAUGAGCAUCAUCACCCAGCUCAUCGAGCUCGGCGCCGAUAUCCACCGCGGCAACUAUUCCGGCGAGACCCCGCUCAUCCGCUCGGUUCUGACCACCAACCACGCCGAGGCCGGCACGUUCAGCCAGCUGCUCGACCAGCACCUCGGCACCACGGUGCGGACACUCGACCACGCGUAUGGCUCUGUCAUCCACCACAUUGCCCUCUCGGCAGGCCUCAAGGGCCGCAUCGCGUGUGCGAGGGGAUACAUGGCCGCAGUGCUCGAGUGGAUCGCAAAGGAGGUGACCAAGGACCGCGGCCUCGCUGCCGCUGCCGCUACUCCGACCACUGCCACCUCGACCAACAACGCCAACGCCGCCGCCGGCGCCUCGGCCCCCAGCCCCGCUCCACAGGACAGCCCCAUCAGCCUGAAACACCUCGUCGACCUGCAAGACGUGCGCGGCGACACGGCCCUCAGCGUCGCUGCGCGCGUCGGGUCCAGGCCCCUCGUCAACCUGCUCCUCGACGCCGGCGCUGACAAGGCCAAGGCCAACAAGCUCGGGCUGAGGCCGUGUGACUUUGGGAUCGAGGUCGAGGCUCUUGCUGUAUCGGCCAAGGAUGCUGCGGUGGCCAACUUGAAGGCAGAGGUCAAGCGGCCAGAGAGGAGGAGUGCAGAUGUGCUCAAGAACAUCUCGGCCCUGUUCGAGGACAUUAACAAGGCCUUUGAUGCCGAGAUGGAAAAGCACGUCGAGGCGCUGGGCGGUGUGGAAAAGUCUGUCCGCAUCGCAACACGGUCUCUGGCGGACAGGAGGCAGCAGGUCGACUUGACGCGCACCAAGCUCGCCACACUGGAGCAGCAGGCCGAACGCGUCGAGAACGCGCGUCGGGCUCUCGACGCGCCCGAGAUGGACUGGACAGGCCGUACACCACUCAAGGCCGAGGCGACCUUGCCCCCUGCGUUCGGGUUCGUGCCGCCAGCAGUGCCCACAGCGGCGGGUACGCUCAAGACGCCCGUCGAGCCCCCACUGCCCGCUCGUGGCGAGCCCGACUCGCUCGUCCAACUGCGCCGCAUCGCUCAGUGGGAAGAACGCGUCGCCACUCUCCUGGAGGAACGCGCGGCCGAGCUCGAGGGCGACGGCGCCGACAGGGCACUCAAGUACCGCAAAGUGAUCGCACUGUGUGCAAAGGUCUCUGUAGACCAGGUCGAUGACAUGCUGGAUGGCUUGACAACUGCGGUCGAGAGCGAUGGACCAGCAAUCGACCUGACACGCAUGGCGGGGCUCGUGCAGCGCCUGAACAAGGCACCCCUCGCGGGAUAG